GUAGAUGCAGGUGUGUCAAGCUUGUCUGCGGUCAAUUUCUAUGAGGUUCCCCGCCGGCAUUUGCAGCCGGAGGCCAACAACAUGCGCAACACCAGCAGCGAGUCCGAGCUCGCAGCCAUGCCGAAAUUCUCCUUGUAUGCAAGGCUCCGUGCAGCUGGCGAGGAGGCUGGCAAGGACCGGCUGCGCGCGCGGCUCGUGUGGCUGUUGGUCGUGCUGGAGACGAUCUCCAUGCUUUGCUUUCCUCAAGUGGCCACCCUCACGCACGGAGCGUUCUUUCUGAUCCCGCUGGGGGCGCUCUUGCUAGCUGCCGCGGUUCGUCUUUACCCCAGGCCUGGCAUCCUACUGGCUGAGCCACUCUGUGUCGUCUGGCCUGACAACCAUUCACGACACGGCCUGGCGCGCGAGCAGGCGCCCAACCUUUGCUUUGGUGGCUUCGUGUGGGUGUUGAAGCUUGUGUGCUGUUUGACUUUCUGGACGAAGCCCGAUGCGAACAGCUUCCUGGAAGGGAAUUGCCCUGACGCGGUCCCGCAGCCAAGUUGCAGCCACUACGACCGAUUAAAUUUAACUCGUGCAUGUAUGGUCGUACACCUCACAUUCGAAACGCCAAAUGCCAAUCGCCUACACCUUUUGGAAAGAGAAUGCUGGGAUCAGUGCUCUAGUCCUGGUUGUGGGCCACGGGAGCAGACAUUUGAUGACUCAGUUGUCGCCGCUUUGUCCUGGAAGUUUGUGCACAUGCAUUGUGACGACCCAUGUGAUUUAUCUUGCUGCCAGUGCCUGCAUUGCCACCUAUCCCCCACAGUGCCUUCUUGGCUGAAGCAGGGAUGCCUUGCUAAUGCGUUCGCGCCAGAUCUUGCACAAGAGCUUUAUGUGUGUCACAACCCAGGAUGCGAACCGAAGCCAAAUCCGUACUAUGAGGCUCAGACACUGAGCUCCGAAAAUACCAUGCUCGCACAACUGUCUCGGUGCACCUUGGUCCAUGGAGAAGAACCUACUCAAGUCAAGACUGCGGUGGCUGUGGUCGCAGCAUUGCAGUGCUUGCCUUUAGCCUCUUUGAUCGCCUGCCUUUUGCUCAGCAUCUGGGUGCACCUGCUGAAGGGUGGAAGCGCUUUUGUCAUGCUGGGUACUGUCCCCAUGGACCCUGAGACCAUUGAGGCCAUAGAUGCAAAGGCAGCGGAGUUGAAAGAUCAAAUUGCGCACAGAAGAUUGGAAUCCUCGCCAAAAGUGAAGUUCCAGCUUUGGAUGGACUUUGUUGUUUUCCUGCUCGACUACCUGUCGGACUACAACUGCCUCCGAACUUUUGUCGUGGAGGGAGCCUAUGGGGUGGCAGCCGUGCAAGUUGUCAUUAUUGCUGCUCCGGUGGCCUUAGAUUGCUACCGUGGUAAGAUACAGCUGGUCGAAGUAUUCGGGCAAUUCAUUGAGUCACGGAAGCGGGGCUUUCCUACCGACGACUUCAUGCUGGCGCUUCGCUCCGAGAAGAGCCUUGAGGCCCCGCUUUCCAUGUUCUUGCAGUUCUACAUGCUGUUGCGGACCACACACCCUUCGUCCAUCUGGAGCCUUUGCAUCUCCAUGCCGCUGAGCAUCCUGGGCAUUGCAAAGCACGUGCAUGCGACGUUUGAGCUUCAGGUUUUGGAGGUGUUGACGAGACAUCCAGCCCAGCCCAGCCAGCCAGAGCUGCAGACCACACCCCUGCAGUCAGGGCACGGCAACCGUCCCCAGCAGAGACCAGGGCCCGGACCUGCUGCAGGUCCUUGGAGAUCAGGCGGCGAGAACCUUGCAAUGCAAGGGUCCCCCUGUCCGCCAGAUUCCAUGCCGGUGAUUCUGGCCUUCCCUCCAGGCAUCGCACCACGUGCCGAGCCUCUUCCGACCCUCCCACCAGGCAUCGCGCCCCGUGGCGCACUUCUUCCCAUUACUGUGGGCAGCUCAAAGGCGAAAGACACUGAGUAG